CAUCUGAACGCAUCCUAACAUAUCUGUCCUAACUCUGCAUUCAUUAAGGAUGCAGUCUAUUGCUAACUAAACUUAUAUAUAUAUAUUUAUUAAUCUUAUUUAUCUAUUAUUUAUUGUGUUGUUGUUUGUGUGACUUAUUUCGGCAAUAAUGGCCACAACAUAUACGACCCGAACGACCACUCGACGAACGGCAACUUCAUAUGACCGAAGCUCUACCGGUUCACCAAUGCUUUCUGAACACAGCGGCCAUGGAUCAAGUCAUUUGACACUACCGCCCAAAGUGGAACUUCUGAGGACACCAUCGCCUAAGGAUAAGAUUGAAGAGCCGUCAGAUAUGAAGUAUCACAGCCAUCACUUGGACUACAAAUACACACCACCGCCGGUCAAAGGUCCCUGUGUUGCCUGUGGAAUGUAUAUCGUGGGAUCGUUGGUGACGGCAUGUGAUGAGAUGUGGCACCCGGAGUGCUUCACUUGUGUCAACUGUGACACUAUUCUCAAGGCAUACAACUAUCAGGUUCAGGACAAUAAGCAAUAUUGUAAGCCGUGUCACGAAAAACUGUUUGGUCCGCCCUGUUCUGCCUGUCAUAAGCCCACUAAAGGGAAUCGGCUGAUUGUAUUGAACCGGAUAUGGCAUCCAAACUGUUUCUGUUGUGUAGAAUGCGGUAAAAUCCUGACAACCGAUAACUUCAUUGAACGCUUGGGUUCUCCGUAUUGUAAAGAAGACUAUCACAGACUCUUCUCUCCCAAGUGUUGUGUCUGCACUGAACCCAUCAAAGAUAAAGCCAUCAAUGCAUUGGGUAAGAUGUGGCACACAUACUGUUUCAAAUGUACGGCUUGUGGUAUACCUCUGGAAGAGAGAAACUUUUAUGAGAAAAAUGGAAAGCCUUAUUGUGAGAAAGAUUAUAUGAAUCUAUUUCAUCCAAAGUGUACCGGUUGUAGUCUACCUAUAGCUGAGGGCCGUCAAAUAACAGCAAUGGGAAAGCCGUGGCAUCCGGAGUGCUUUGUCUGUACUAUUUGUGUGAAACCAUUGACAGCCGAGACAUUCAAAGAACAGGGAGGAAAGCCUUAUUGCGAGGAAGACUUUCACAAACUAUUUUCACCGAAAUGUGGCGGAUGUCARCAGCCUAUUAAAGAUAAAGAUGAUGUAGUAAUGGUGAGGGGUAAACCCUGGCACCCGAUAUGUAACUCUGCCAUCAAUACACCUAAAUUAGUCGUAACGCCAACAGUAGAACCGCUCUUACAAAAAGCUAACAGACCUAAGAUGGAGACGGAUUUCGGUCGCAGAUAUCCUACUGUCGAUGAUUUAGACAAAACUAUGCUUCCAUUAGUUGAAGACCUAAUCAAAGAAUCACAACCAGAUUGUAAUGGUUGCAAAACACCCGUCACUGAUAAUAAUAAGAUUACAGCAAUGGGUAAGCCUUGGCACCCCCAGUGCUUCACUUGCGACAAAUGUGUCCGACCUCUUGAUCCUAACAACUAUUAUGAGAAAAAUGGUAAACCCUAUUGUGAGGACGAUUAUCAUAAACUAUUUUCACCUAAAUGUCAGGGAUGUCUACAACCCAUUAAAGAUGAAAACCAAAUAAAAGCAAUGGGCGCCCCCUGGCACCCCCAGUGCUUUCAAUGCACCCAAUGUGCCAAACCUUUGAGUCCUAAUAACUAUUACGAAAAAAAUGGCAGUCCUUACUGUGAGGACGACUUUCAUAAAUUAUUUUCACCCAAAUGUGCCGGUUGUCAACUACCUAUUAAAGAUGGUAAUUUUAUCAAUGCAAUGGGCAAGCCAUGGCACCCCCAGUGCUUUCAAUGCACCCAAUGUGCCAAACCUUUGAGUCCUAAUAACUUCUUCGAGAAAAAUGGCAAACCUUACUGUGAAAAUGAUUUUCAUAAGUUGUUUUCACCCAAAUGUUCCGGUUGUCACACACCUAUUAAUGAUGGCAAUCAAACCAAUGCUAUGGGUAAGCCAUGGCAUCCCCAAUGUUUCCAAUGCGAUAAAUGUGCGAAACCUUUGAGUCCUAACAAUUUCUAUGAGAUGAAUGGCAAACCUUAUUGUGAGGACGAUUACCACAAGUUAUUCUCACCCAAGUGUGACGGAUGUGCACUUCCUAUUAAAGAUGGUAAUUAUAUAAACGCCCUUGGUAAAACUUGGCACCCACAGUGUUUUCAAUGUACUGAAUGUGCAAUACCUUUGAGUCCCAAAAAUUUCUAUGAAAAAAAUGGUAAACCCUAUUGUAAGGAUGACUACCAUAAGCUGUUCUCACCUAAAUGUUUUGGAUGCCACCAACCCAUUGUCGAUGGCAAUUAUAUUAAAGCACAGGGUAAGGAUUGGCACCCACAGUGCUUCAAAUGUACCACUUGUGAGGUACCGUUAGAUCCAAACAACUUUUUGGAAAAAGCAGGAAAACCGUAUUGUGAAAAGGAUUAUCACAAAUUAUUUUCACCGCCCUGUGAUGGAUGUGGCUAUCCUAUCAAAGAUCAGAAAUCUAUGGUCAAAGAAUUGGGUAAGAAUUGGCACCCGGAGUGCUUCAGAUGUCAUAAAUGUCACAAAGUAUUGUCGCCAAACAAUUAUAUGGAAAAAAGUGGUAAACCUUAUUGUGUUGAAGAUUAUCACAACUUAUUUUCUCCGAAAUGCUCGGAAUGUAAUCUUCCUAUUGAAGGAAAACCUUUGAUUGCAUUGGGACGUCAAUGGCAUCCAAACUGUUUCAAGUGCUGUCAAUGUGCAGUACCAUUGAGUCCCAAUAAUUUCAAAGAAAAGGAUGGAAAGCCCUAUUGUCUGAAACAUUUUCAAGAGUUGUAUUUACCUAAAUGUUAUGGAUGUAAACGACCCAUCACUGAUAAAAUUAUUAAUGCGUUGGGAAAGCAAUGGCAUCCCGAGUGCUUUGCUUGUGUUCAGUGUCACAAACCAUUGGCUGAAGACGGUUAUCGAGAAAAAGAUGGACUUCCCUAUUGUGACUUUGACUAUCACGCGCUCUUCUCACCCAAAUGUGCCGCGUGUCACGCACCCAUCAGAGAGAAAUGUUUGACUGCUAUGGCUAAGACUUGGCACCCGGAGCACUUCCUAUGCCAACAUUGUAACAAACAAUUAAGUGAUGAUCCCGAAGGAUAUCACGAACACAAUGACAAGUCCUAUUGUAGGCCGUGUUAUAUUGAAUUGUUUGCACCUUAUUGUCGGGCGUGUAAUAAACCAAUUGUCGAUAAGAUAUGUGUGACCGCAUUGGACGCCAAAUGGCAUCCCGACUGUUUCGUGUGCAGAGACUGUCACUGUCCACUAAAGACUGGUAACUACUUUGAGUUUGAAGGCGAGCCCUACUGUGAGGAACACUUCAGGUGUAAGAUGUGUCCGGAUUGUGUUAAACUAAGAAGAGCUCAAAACAAAUAUUUCGGUCAAAAUCAGGAGUCAAAUGGUUUGAUUCGUUUGGGAGCUUAAUGUCUAAAAUACUAAUUAAAAAUA